AUGUGUGAGUGUCUGCGUGGAAUAUUCCGAGUCACCUGGACGCCUUCCUCCAAUGCAGACUCUGACAGAGACCUAGAGGACAGCCAUGUUUUCAGCCAGACCAGAGAUCCAGCCGUGAAAGACAAAAGGCGGUCGCCCCCCUCUAGCAGAUCCCCCUCCGCCCAACAACGCAACCCUCACCACAGCGGCUCCGCAGACGAACAGGAGAGCCCAGAGAGAGUGGUGCAGAAGGAGAAGCUCCAUGCAGAGCUGAAGCAGGUGUUGAGUCAGAAGAGAAGUCAUCUGAGAGAGUCGACCUGCCAACUGGCCCAACCAGAGAUGGACUCAGAGCCCACGGACGAGCAGACAUGCGUGGAGGAAGCCUCCCAAUCAGUGGAAAUCGUGGUGGAGACGGAGGCGGAGGCCGGAGCCAGCGGUUACAGUGUGACUGGUGGAGGACAGCGAGGGAUCUUUGUGAAAGACGUCCUCAGAGACUCACCAGCCGCCAAGCAUCUCAGUCUACAGGAAGGUGACCAGCUGCUGAGUGCCAAGGUCUACUUUGACAACGUGAAGUAUGAAGACGCUCUCAAGAUCCUUCAGUGUGCAGAGCCGUAUAAGGUCAGCUUCCAGCUGAGGAGGACCAUCCCUGAAGCAGAAGUCUACGUGCGGCCUCGAGUUCCAAGUGUGGAGGUCAAGGGUCCCAAAGCCAAGAUGGCCAAAAUGAGUGUGAAGGGCAGCAAACCGUUCAAGGCCAAGAAGAAGAGAGGUGGUCGUUUUGGUCUGAAGAGGCUGAAGGAGAAGCGCAGAGAGGAGCUGGUGAUAGAGGGAACACCCCCAAGGCCGGAGAUGAGUGACGUAGACGUGGAGUUCUCGCUCCCAAAAUUCAAACAGAGGAAGAGCGCAAAGGAUGAAGCAGAAGAAGCAGGAGGAGCAGCCGCCGUGGAGAAGGCAAAGAGGAGGAUCAGGUUUCCUCACAUGAAAACAAAGGGUUGUGCUGGAGAAGACACAGGAGGAAAAGUGGAAACGGGACGACUCGAGGGACAGGUGAAUAUCUCUGCACCUGAGAUAACUGGAGCUAAAGUAAAAACCAAAGGAAAAGGACACAAGUUUGGAAUCACAUUUCCUAAGACAAAACACACAAAGUCAGGCUCAGUGUUGGAAACUGGAUCUGUGGAGCUGAAGCCUCCGGGUGUGAACAUCCAGCAACCAUCAUUGGAGUUCAGUUUGUGUGGUGAUAAAAACACGGACAUGGAGAAGGCAGGGGUUAAGAUUAAUGCUCCUGAUGUGGAGUUUGCACUCCCUUCAGGAAAAGCUGAGGCAUCUUUGCCCGCUGUGAAGGGAAAGGCAGAAAUCAAAGCUCCUAAAAUCAACAUCAAAGGAGGAGCUGAUGCAGAGGCAGCUGUGGGAAAAGUGGAUGUAGACGUAGGCAAAGGAGAUGCAAAGUUAAGAAUGCCGAAGUUGAAAUUGCCCAAAGUUAGACUCUCACGUCAUUCGGAUGAGAUAGAUGGUGGCAUCAAGGUUAAAACCAAAGGAAUGAAAUUGCCUCACGCUGACAUAACGCCUCCAAAAGUAGAAAUCAAAGGAGGUUGUGAGAUUGAUCUCCCUGAGGCAAAUAUCACCAAACAGAAGAAGGAAGUCGAUCUCUCAGGAAAAGCUGCAUCUAUUCAAAUGCCUUCUAUUGAUAUUUCUAUACCAAAAGUGACCGGAAAGUCUGACGUGGAAGCUGCACACCCAGAGUUUGAAGGAGCUGGGAAGACAGCAAUCAACAUGUCUGCCUUUGCCAUCUCUGUGCCUGAUGUUGAUUUGGAAUUGGACACCAGACGCCGAAUUCCUGAUGAGGUUGAGGGCACUUUCAAAGGGCCCAAAAUCUCUAUGCCAAAGGUUGAUAUCUCAUUGCCAAAUAUUGGAUCAUCCAAAGGUGAUAUUGAAGGUCCAGAAGGUGGAGGGAAAUUAAAUCUACCUUCUGUAGACGUCUCUCUCCCAAAGGUGAAAACAGAGGGUGGAGAUGUGGAUAUGGAUUAUUAUGUUGGUGGAGAUGGGAAGUUCCAAUUGCCUGAGUUUGACAUAUCUCUUCCAAAGAUUAAGUCACCAGAAGGAGAAGUAAAUAUGAAAGGAGAAGGUUUCAAGUUACCCAAAGUAGACCUGACUCUUCCCAAAGGCAAAGCAGGAACAACUGAUAUUGGAGGAGGAGGAAAAUUUCAGUUACCAUCGUUUGACAUCUCUCUCCCUAAAAUGAAGACAGGUGAGAUGGAGGUUGACAUCAAAAGCCCUGAAGUGAAAGGGGGUCAAUUUGAAAUGCCCACACUUGACAUUUCUCUGCCCAAAGGCAAAAUGCAAGGACACAUUGAAUUAGAAGGGACUGCAGGGAAAGGAGGAAAAUUCAAAAUGCCUACCUUUGAUGUUUCUCUACCGAAGCUGAAACAACCAGAGGGACACAUGAACAUAGAGUCACCAGAGCUUGAGGGUGGGGGUAAGAUUCAGAUGCCUUCUUUUGAUAUAUCAAUGCCCAAAGGAAAGAUGGAGAGUGACAUUGAAAAAGAUGCAUCUGUAAAAGGAGGGAAGCUCAAAAUGCCCUCACUUGACGUCAAACUCCCUAAAAUGGGGACAUCUGAGAUUAAGGUUGAUUUACAAGGACAUGAGAUAAAAGGAGGGAAAAUUGAGGUGCCAUCAGUAGACAUUUCUCUACCAAAAGGUAAAUCCAAGGGUGAGGUUGACUUUGAGGGACAAGGUGGCAAGUUUAAAAUGCCAUCAUAUAAUAUAACUCUUCCAAAAAUGAAGUUGCCUGAGGGAGAGGUUGUUUUGGAGGGACCUAAAAACAAAGGUGGGAAGAUCAGGAUGCCUAAUGUCGAUAUCUCUGCUCUCCAAGGAAACAUAGAGGGAGAUUUGAACAUUGAUGGCAGUGAAUUGAAAGAAGGCAAAUUCAAAAUGCCCUCUUUAGACAUUUCUCUCCCAAAAAUGAAGCUACCUGAAGGAGAUGUGAAGCUAGAAUACCCCGAACUUCCAAAUGUUGACAUUUCACUCCCCAAGGCAAACAUAGAGGGCAACAUGGAGCUUGAGGGCAGUGGUGGUAGCGGUGCCAGGUUCAAGAUGCCAACUUUUGACAUCUCACUUCCAAAGAUGAAAACCAAGGAGGGAGAGCUGGAUAUUGAAGGACCUGAAGCCAAAGGUGGAGCAAAGAUCAACAUGCCGUCAGUCGACAUCUCUCUUCCUGCUAUGAAAUCACCAGAGGGGGAGGUAAAGAUUGAAGGUCCUGGAGCCAAAGGUGGAAAGUUUCAGAUGCCUUCUUUUGAUGUGUCACGACCAAAGAUCAAAUCAAUGGGGGGUGACAUUGAUGUUGAAGCUGAACUGCCUACAGUUGACAUCUCUCUUCCAAAAGGAAAAGGAGAGGGUAAGAUAGAUAUUGAGGGACCCACAGGAAAGGGAGGCAAGUUUAAGAUGCCUACAUUUGAUGUAUCGCUACCAAAGAUGAAGAUGCCAGAAGGAAAUAUUGGCCUUGAGGGCCCCUCAAUUGAUAUCUCUCUUCCAAAGGGGAAAGUAGAGGGUGACUUAGAAACUAAAGGUAAAGGAGGGCAUUUUCAUAUGCCUUCAAUUGAUGUUUCUCUCCCUAAAAUGAAAUCAAAGCGAGGUGACAUCAACAUCAAGGGACCACAAAUCAAAGGUGGGGAAAUUAAAAUGCCGACUAUUGACAUCUCAACCCCACAAGGGUCAUUAGAGGGUGAGAUCAAUGUCGAAGGUGAAGGAAAAGGAGACAAAUUCAACCUGCCGUCUGUAGACAUCGCCCUCCCUGCAGCAAAAUUCCCUGAAGGAGAUGUACAUUUUCAAGGGCCGAAAGUUAAAGGUUUGAAAUUUGAAAUGCCGAAAAUUGACCUCUCGCUUCCUAAAGGAAAAGCACAGGGAGACAUUAAUAUUGACAUUUACACUGGAAAAGAUGGGAAUAUUGAAAUACAAUCCUAUGAUAUUGGACUUCCUAAAGGAAAAGUCAAAGGUCCUGAAUUUAAGGGAGGAAAAAUCAACAUGCCAGACAUUGACCUGUCACUCCCCAAAGGAAAAGCUGACCUCAGUAUUGAGGGUCCUGAGGUAAAAGGAGGAAGAUUUAAAAUGCCCAAAUUUGACGUUUCACUUCCAAAGAUGAACCUGCCAGAGGGCAAUGUGGAAAUGCCAACAAUUGAUAUUUCACUCCCCAAAGGAAAAGUAAAGGGAGAUAUUGACAUUAAGGGACAAGUGAGUAAAGGAGGCAAGUUUCAUAUGCCUUCGGUUGAUAGCUCUCUUCCUAAAAUAACAGCCAAAGGAGUUGAUGUUGAUGUUGAAGGACCUGGACUUAAAGGGGACAUUUCACUCCCAGAAGGAAAAGUUGAGGGUGACCUCAAUAUUGAGGGUCCUGAGUUGAAGGGGGGUAAAUAUAAAAUGCCCAAAUUUGAUGUCGCAUUGCCAGAUGUGAGUCUCCCAGAGGCUGAUGUAAAACUUAAAAGUCCAGACAUAAAGGGAGGGAAGAUUGAGAUGCCAGACAUUGAUAUUUCAAUCCCCAAAGGAAAAGCAGGAGGAAAAAUUGAAGGACAUGCUGGCAAAGGAAGCAAGUUUCACAUGCCCUCUGUUGAUAUCUCAAUUCCUAAAAUCAAAGCAAAGGGAGUUGAUGUUGAUAUUCGAGGACCUAAAAUUCAAAAUGGAGGAAAGGUCCGUUGACAUUUCACUUCCCAAAGCAUCAAAGGUGACAUGUCACUUCCUAAAAUCACAUCUCCAGAAGUAGAUAUCAGCCCUGAAGGUCCUGAUGUUAAAGGAGGAAAGUUUAACUUGCCGACUGUUAACAUUUCACUCCCCAAAGGAAAAGUUGAGGGCGACCUCGAUGUUGAAUGUCCUGAGGUGAAGGGGAGCAAAUUUAAAAUGCCAAAAUUUGAUGUGUCUUUACCAAAAGUGAGUCACCCAGAAGGUGAUGUCCAUGCAAAAGGCAUAGACAUCAAGGGAGGAAAAUUCAACAUGCCAGACAUUGACCUUUCACUCCCUAAAGGAAAGGCUGACGGAGAUAUUGACAUUGAGGGACAAGUGAGUAAAGGAGGCAAGUUUCAUAUGCCUUCGGUUGAUAGCUCUCUUCCUAAAAUAACAGCCAAAGGAGUUGACGUUGAUGUUGAAGGACCUGAACUUAAAGGGGACAUUUCACUCUCAGGAGGAAAAGUUGAGGGUGACCUCGAUAUUGAGGGUCCUGAGUUGAAGGGGGGUAAAUAUAAAAUGCCCAAAUUUGAUAUUGCAUUGCCAGAUGUGAGUCUCCCAGAGGGUGAUGUAAAACUUAAAGGUCCAGACAUAAAGGGAGGGAAGAUUGAGAUGCCAGACAUUGAUAUUUCAAUCCCCAAAGGAAAAGCAGGAGGAAAAAUUGGUAUUGAAGGGCAUGCCGGAAAAGGAGGCAAGUUCCAUAUGCCCUCUGUUGAUAUUUCUCUUCCUAAAAUGAAAGCAAAAGGACUUGAUGUGAAUAUCGAAGGUCCUGAACUAAAGGGAGGAAAAAUCAACAUGCCAGACAUUGAUCUUGCAUUCCCCAAAGGAAAUGCUGACCUCAUUAUUGAGGGUCCUGAGUUAAAAGGAAGCCAAUUCAAAAUGCCAAAAUUAGACGUUUCACUUCCAAAGAUGAACCUGCCAGAAGGCAAUGUCAAAGUGGAAGGACCAGAGAUGAAAGGAGGAGAGAUUGCAUUGCCAGCUGUCGACAUUUCAGUUCCAGUGGGGAAAGUGGAGGGGGAUAUCAAUAUUGAAGGAACAUCUGGAAAGGGAAGGUUUGAAGUGCCAAAAGUUGACCUAUCUGGUAAAAAAGGUGGUGGGCUCCAAAUGCCAAGUCUUGACAUUAAUCUCCCCAAAUUCGAUCUUGACCUCAGCCUUCACUCUGGCCUGAAAGACAAAAGUCUUAAAGUAGACACCAGUGGACCUGAAGCAUCAGGAGAUUUGAAGAUUUCUGGUCUCAAAAGAGAUAUUAAUCCAGCCGAUUUGAAAGUUAAAGGUGCAGGCAUUGAGACAGGUGGUGUAGAUGGUCCAGAUGCAUCCCUCAAACUUCCUUCUGUCAAACUACCGACAGUCGACAUCUCAGCUCCAAGGGUGGAUCUAGACUUUGGCCUCACCAAACCUAAAGCUGACGAUGUGGAAGUGGAGCUUCUCAAAGCAGAGGGAGGCAGGCCUUCUUCCGGGGGCAGCUUUGAUAUACCUGAUGUCUCCCUCAAAGUCCCAAGUUUCUCUCUUCCUAGGUUUGGUGGAAAGUCCAAGAGUGGGGAUUUGGCAGUAUCUGGUCCCAAGGGAGACAUUUCCCUCUGCCCACCACAUGCAGCAGGAGAGAUUAGGGCACCAUCAGUAGAGUUUGAUGGGGAUGUAAAAGUCAAGGUGAAAAAGUCUAAAAUAAAAAUGCCCUCAUUUGGUGUAUUUAAAAAGCAUACAGAUGUAUCUGUGUCUUGUCCUGAUGUGGAUGUCAAAGCAAAAAAGGGGGGAAUUGGCAUUUCUAAACCACUAAUCAGUGUUGAGAGCCCAGACGAAAAAUCUAAAUACAAAGUAAAAUUCCCCAAGUUUAAAAUAUCCUCACCAAAAGGUCAACUCCCAGAGGGAGAGGUUGAUGCUAAACUGGAGGCCGAUGUCAAAGGGAAGGGUGGCUUUCAUGCACCUGAUGUCUCUGUAAAACUACCAAAGUUCUCCAUGCCAGGAUUUGGCUCUAAAGAAAAAGAUUUAAGGAAGCCAAGUGGUUACGUUGAGUCUAAGACCAAGGUUAAGAUGCCCUCUAUUGAACUGUCACUACCAGCUGCUAAAACACCAGAGACUGAGGUUCUUCUCCCCAAAGCAGAGGUUGACGUCUCAGAGGCUGAUAUCAGAAGUUAUGAGGGAAAUCUAAUGAUUCCCGGAAUGCCAACAAUUGACAUUUCCAUUCCCAAAAUGGACCUGGAUGUGUCCCUGCCAAGAGUAAAGCAUGAGUCAAAAGUUGAUGGACUAGGAGGAAAAUUCAAGAUGCCAGACAUCAAGAUGCCUGAAAUUGACUUGUCCCUUCCUAAAGGAAAAACAGGUGACAUUGAAGGUCACAUAUUUCUGCCCAAAGGAAAGAUCGAAGGUCCAGAUCUUGAAAUGGAGGGAGGUACCGGAGGGAAAUUCAAAAUGCCUCACAUGAAAAUGCCGAACGUCAAUUUCUCUCUGCCCAAAGGAAAGAUUGAAGGUCCAGAUGUUAAAAUGGAGGGAGGUACCGGAGGGAAAUUCAAAAUGCCACACAUGAAAAUGCCCAACAUCGACAUUUCUCUGCCCAAAGGAAAGAUUGAAGGUCCAGAUGUUGAAAUGGAGGGAGGCACCGGAGGGAAAUUCAAAAUGCCUCAUAUAAAAAUGCCAGAUGUUGACAUUGAUCUGCCAAAAGGAAAGAUUGAGGGACCAGAUGUUGAAAUGGAGGGAGGCACCGGAGGGAAAUUCAAAAUGCCUCACAUGAAAAUGCCGAACGUCAAUUUCUCUCUGCCCAAAGGAAAGAUUGAAGGUCCAGAUGUUGAAAUGGAGGGAGGUACCGGAGGGAAAUUCAAAAUGCCACACAUGAAAAUGCCCAACAUCGACAUUUCUCUGCCCAAAGGAAAGAUCGAAGGUCCAGAUGUUGAAAUGGAGGGAGGUUCUGGAGGGAAAUUCAAAAUGCCUCAAAUGAAAAUGCCAGAUGUUGACAUCAAUCUGCCCAAAGGAAAGAUUGAGGGUCCAGAGAUGGAGAUCAAAGGAGAAGGUGGAAAAUUCAGGAUGCCACAUUUCUCCAUGCCCUCUGUUGAUAUUUCACUUCCCAAAGGAAAGAUCGAAGGUCCAGAUGUUGAAAUGGAGGGAGGCACCGGAGGGAAAUUCAAAAUGCCUCAUAUAAAAAUGCCAGAUGUUGACAUUGAUCUGCCUAAAGGAAAGAUUGAGGGACCAGAUGUUGAAAUGGAGGGAGGUACCGGAGGGAAAUUCAAAAUGCCACACAUGAAAAUGCCCAACAUCGACAUUUCUCUGCCCAAAGGAAAGAUCGAAGGUCCAGAUGUUGAAAUGGAGGGAGGUUCUGGAGGGAAAUUCAAAAUGCCUCAAAUGAAAAUGCCAGAUGUUGACAUCAAUCUGCCCAAAGGAAAGAUUGAGGGACCAGAGAUGGAGAUCAAAGGAGAAGGUGGAAAAUUCAAGAUGCCACAUUUCUCCAUGCCCUCUGUUGAUAUUUCACUUCCCAAAGGAAAGAUCGAAGGUCCAGAUGUUGAAAUGGAGGGAGGCACCGGAGGGAAAUUCAAAAUGCCUCACAUGAAAAUGCCGAACAUCGAUUUCUCUCUGCCCAAAGGAAAGAUUGAAGGUCCAGAUGUUGAAAUGGAGGGAGGUACCGGAGGGAAAUUCAAAAUGCCUCACAUAAAAAUGCCAGAUGUUGAUAUUUCACUUCCCAAAGGAAAGAUCGAAGGUCCAGAUGUUGAAAUGGAGGGAGGUACCGGAGGGAAAUUCAAAAUGCCUCAUAUAAAAAUGCCAGAUGUUGACAUUGAUCUGCCUAAAGGAAAGAUUGAGGGACCAGAUGUUGAAAUGGAGGGAGGCACCGAAAAUGCCGGAGGGAAAUUCAAAAUGCCUCACAUGAAAAUGCCGAACGUCAAUUUCUCUCUGCCCAAAGGAAAGAUUGAAGGUCCAGAUGUUGAAAUGGAGGGAGGUUCUGGAGGGAAAUUCAAAAUGCCUCAAAUGAAAAUGCCAGAUGUUGACAUCAAUCUGCCCAAAGGAAAGAUUGAGGGUCCAGAUGUUGAAAUGGAGAGAGGUUCUGGAGGGAAAUUCAAAAUGCCUCAUAUAAAAAUGCCAGAUGUUGACAUUGAUCUGCCAAAAGGAAAGAUUGAGGGACCAGAUGUUGAAAUGGAGGGAGGCACCGGAGGGAAAUUCAAAAUGCCUCACAUGAAAAUGCCGAACGUCAAUUUCUCUCUGCCCAAAGGAAAGAUUGAAGGUCCAGAUGUUGAAAUGGAGGGAGGUACCGGAGGGAAAUUCAAAAUGCCACACAUGAAAAUGCCCAACAUCGACAUUUCUCUGCCCAAAGGAAAGAUCGAAGGUCCAGAUGUUGAAAUGGAGGGAGGUUCUGGAGGGAAAUUCAAAAUGCCUCAAAUGAAAAUGCCAGAUAUUGACAUCAAUCUGCCCAAAGGAAAGAUUGAGGGUCCAGAGAUGGAGAUCAAAGGAGAAGGUGGAAAAUUCAGGAUGCCACAUUUCUCCAUGCCCUCUGUUGAUAUUUCACUUCCCAAAGGAAAGAUCGAAGGUCCAGAUGUUGAAAUGGAGGGAGGCACCGGAGGGAAAUUCAAAAUGCCUCACAUGAAAAUGCCAGAUGUUGACAUUGAUCUGCCCAAAGGAAAGAUUGAAGGUCCAGAUGUUGAAAUGGAGGGAGGCACCGGAGGGAAAUUCAAAAUGCCUCACAUGAAAAUGCCCAACAUCGACAUUUCUCUGCCCAAAGGAAAGAUUGAAGGUCCAGAUGUUGAAAUGGAGGGAGGAGAAGGUGGAAAAUUCAAGAUGCCACAUGUCACCAUGCCCUCUGUUGAUAUUUCACUUCCCAAAGGAAAGAUUGAUGGUCCAGAUGUUGAAAUGGAGGGAGGUACCGGAGGGAAAUUCAAAAUGCCACACAUGAAAAUGCCCAACAUCGACAUUUCUCUGCCCAAAGGAAAGAUCGAAGGUCCAGAUGUUGAAAUGGAGGGAGGUUCUGGAGGGAAAUUCAAAAUGCCUCAAAUGAAAAUGCCAGAUGUUGACAUCAAUCUGCCCAAAGGAAAGAUUGAGGGUCCAGAUGUUGAAAUGGAGGGAGGCACCGGAGGGAAAUUCAAAAUGCCUCACAUGAAAAUGCCAGAUGUUGACAUUGAUCUGCCAAAAGGAAAGAUCGAAGGUCCAGAUGUUGAAAUGGAGGGAGGCACCAGAGGGAAAUUCAAAAUGCCUCACAUGAAAAUGCCGAACGUCAAUUUCUCUCUGCCCAAAGGAAAGAUUGAAGGUCCAGAUGUUAAAAUGGAGGGAAGUACCGGAGGGAAAUUCAAAAUGCCUCAUAUAAAAAUGCCAGAUGUUGACAUUGAUCUGCCUAAAGGAAAGAUUGAGGGACCAGAGAUGGAGAUCAAAGGAGAAAGUGGUAAAUUCAAGAUGCCACAUUUCUCCAUGCCCUCUGUUGAUAUUUCACUUCCCAAAGGAAAGAUCGAAGGUCCAGAUGUUGAAAUGGAGGGAGGCACCGGAGGGAAAUUCAAAAUGCCUCACAUGAAAAUGCCGAACAUCGAUUUCUCUCUGCCCAAAGGAAAGAUCGAAGGUCCAGAUGUGGAAAUGGAGGGAGGUUCCGGUGGGAAAUUCAAAAUGCCUCACAUGAAAAUGCCCAACGUCGACAUAUCUCUGCCCAAAGGAAAGAUUGAAGGUCCAGAUGUUGAAAUGGAGGGUGGUACUGGGGGGAAAUUCAAAAUGCCUCACAUGAAAAUGCCCAACGUCAACAUCUCUCUGUCUAAAGGAAAGAUCGAAGGUCCAGAUGUUGAAAUAGAGGGAGGUGCUGAAGGCAAGUUUAAAAUGCCUCAUUGGAAAAUGCCAGAUUUUGACAUCUCUCUACCAAAAGGAACAUCUGGCAAAAUUGAAGGAUCAAAGUUUGAAAUUGAGGAGGGCAUAUCUAAAAUGCCCCAGAUGACAAUGCCCUCAGUAGACAUUUCACUGCCAAAAGGAAGACCUGAAGGUCCCAAAGUUGAAAUGAAGGAUGAGGGAGGAAAGUUCAAGAUGCCAAAAGUGGAUAUAUCUCUUCCUAAAGGAAAACCUUCAAUAAAAGGUCCAGAGGUAGAUAUUAAGGCAGAUGGGGGACAGUUCAAGAUGCCUAAUGUUGACAUUUCUAUCCCUAAAGGAAAAGCAAAUAUUGAUAUACCAGAAGAGAAAAUGGAGUCAGAGGGAGGAACCAUCAAAUUGCCACAUAUCAAGAUGCCAAAAGUCGAUAUUUCACUACCUAAAGGUAAAAGUAAAGAUAUUGAAGCACAUGCUAUAGAGAUGGAAGUCCCAGGAGGAAAGUUCAAAGGGCCACAUGUUAAACUUCCAAAGGAAAGUAUAUCACUGCAGAAGAGUAAAUCAGGCGAAGCAGAUAUCAACUUACCAACCAUUGAGGCAGGAGGGAAAAUAAAAGUGUCACAAGUCACAUCACCAGAUCUGGACAUCGAUGUGACACUAAGUAAACCUAAACAAGACACAGAGGCACAUGGGGAAGCUGAUCUGCAUGUUGAGGGAGAGCACAAAGCUCUAAAACUCAAGAUGCCAACAAUAGAUAUCAAAGGUCCAAAAGGAGACCUGGAGCUUGAUAUAGGACUUUAUAGAGGAGAGGGCAAGAAGGACAGGAAAAAAGUUGAACUACCUGACUUGGAUCUCAACACAGCGGGAACCAGCAGCAAAGUAAAGGGGCAAAAAGUCAAAGGAACAAAAUUCAGGAUUGGAAUGCCAAAAAAGAAAACUGGCAGAGAUGUAACAGCAGAAGUAAAAAUUUGCAAAAACUGUGGUGCUGAGGAGUUAGGUGGUCAGGCCAAACACAGAUGCAAGGGUAAAGAAAGAUUCGAAUAUGAAGCUAAAGUUGAAACCCACCACGGACAUAAAGAGAACAAAGAUCGUAUUAACAUACCAGUGCCAGAGGUUACAUUACCAAGUGUUAGUCUGAAAACUAAACAAGGUUCAACUGACUUAGGGACAGAAGGAGAGUGUGGCCUAUUGUCAUCCAAAGCAGACAUCAAAGUUCCCAGGAUUCCAGACAUAGAGUUUGAUAUUGGUACAUCACAAGAUGAAGAUGAGGACAAAACAGAAAAGGGCAAGAAAAUCAAAAUCCCUAAGUUUGGCGUCCCAUUACCCUCCAUCUCCUCUCCUGAGGCAAGAAUGAAUAUCUAUGGGCAAGAAAUCAAGUAUGAAGGCCCGAAAAUCCCCAAAGUAAAGAAAGCUGUCUUUGUCUUAGUAAAUCCUUCACAAGCAGAUGGGCCCGCUGCAUGCAAAGACCUCCUAGAAGAGGAGAAACUCUCUGAGGCUGAAAAAGAGGACGUCAAAGUGAAGCCAAGUUUUGAGAGGUCCACGGAUAAAUCAGCUGCCGUAUCAUUUUCUCCUGGCAAAUCAGGGUCGUUUGAUGUUAGUCUAAAGGGCGAAGGUUCAAGUUCAAGUCUCAACGGUGAAAAAGAUGCAAGUCCUCACAAGGGCUCCAAGGGCAGUAAAGGGACAGUCAGUGGCAAAAUCAAACUUCCAAAGGUCGAGUUAACCUCUCCCUAUGGUAAGAUGGCUGCGGAGGGGGAGGACACGGAAAUGAGUGUGAAACUGGAAAAGGAUUCAUCGCCAGGACAAGUGGAAGACACUAAAGGGCUUAAAGUAAUAUCAGGCAAGAUGGCCUUUGGUUUUAGUGAGGAGCUCUCAAAGGAUGUGGUGUCAUCUCAUGCCAGAACAGAGAUGCUGGACAGGGACAGCUCAGAGUCCCCGGCUAGUUCUACCAUGGAGUUCAGUUCAGCAAAGGUCAAGGCUUGGAGUGAGGUCGAGAGCCAAAGCAGGGAGUCUGAAGAAAGAGAGUCUUCCCCCUGGUUCAAGAUCCCUAAGUUCACCAUGAAGCCACACUCCACAGGCUUCCUCCAAAUAGCCCAAGAGGGUUCUCCUCAGGCCCAGCAGGGGGAGAUGGGAGGUGAGGCCGACGUCUUAGGGUCUUUCUGCCUCCACACCUCAGGGCUCGACUUAUCCACCCAGGAAAUGUCUGAAGAGCACCAAGUCUCCUCCGCCGAGGAGGGAACUCUUACCAUGGUAACCAAGACCACCAGAAUCACUCGACACACGGUUACCACCGAAACGCGAGCAGGUGAAUCUUCUGCAACCACAACAACAACUCACCAGGUGUCGGAUUUCAAGUUCUGAGGAUGCUGUAAUAUCAUAAAAGUCUUUUGAUUUUUUUUGUUUUUCUUUGGUAAGGUUGCAGUGUUCUUGUAUGCUUAGCCUGCAACGUAGCAAACCUUCAUUAAGUAAAAGUCUUUAUUUUAUAUUUUAAUAGGUGAGGUAUGAAUGUGAUGAAAAACAAUGAAAUUUCAUCAAUCAGCAGUAUUGUCAUUAUUAAAGCAACAGAGUAAUAUAUGCUUCCUUUUUGCAUUUUAAAUGUGAUAUUUUUUGUAACAGAUUUUGAGUUUAGUCGUUAUUAUUUAUCAGACUUUGUUUGGUUUAAAAGUUUUCACUCUGAAUGUAAAACAUGUCACAUUGCUUUAUUAUUUAUUGUUGUUUGUGUGUUCAAAAUGCGCUGCAAUGAGUCAUUUACUCACAUCAGCAUCAUGGAUUUGACCACGAUUAGUUUAAAAUAAUUCAUUAUGAACCACUACAGUACAGGCCAGAGUAAUAUUAUUGUAAAUACAACAUUAUCAUGCUUUUAUUAAGCAGUAUCCCUUUGAUCGGAAAUGUAACUAUUUUCAUAUUCAACAAGUAGAAAUUAUAUUUUUGGUCUGAUUCUGAUCCUAUUUUUUUUGUCUUGGAGAAAAAGUGUGAGCUUUUUGAGAUUAUAGGCUAUUCUCCUUUGCUGCCAUAGUUUUAUAUUUUAAGCAUUUUGCUGGUGCUGUUACCCAGAGAUAGUCACAGUGAGUGUGGGCAGGACACACUGGACUCUUUUUCUGCUGUGGGGAUCAAAUCUGUGACUUUCAGGUUACAGGUUGCUCUCGAUCAUUUACUGUAGGCCACUUGCUGCUAGUCUUUUUUAUAUUGAUGUUUUUACUGUACUACAGAAAAAGAAGCCACUAGAUUUUAUGAUAGAGGCUUUAAGCUCCAAGGUACACCUUUUGACUGAGGCGGAUUUUUUUAAACUCAGCUGUAAACUAUGUUGAGUUUCAAACAUUGACAGCGAGCUUGGACGAUAUUUGGGGAUUUAGUGCUGUUGGGGAAUUUAACAAAAAAAAUGACCGUACCAAACAGCGUUUCUUCUUUUUAAAGUAAGUUGUUUUGAAACUACUGAUUGUAUACACCACUCAUAGCUAUUUAAUUACAAGACAUCCCUUUCACAGGAUACAACCAUCUGAUGGUUCAAAAUAAAGAUCUACCUUUCAAGUGGAUGUAAAGCAUUAAAUAAUCAACACCUAACUUGGUUUACUUUACUUGGUUGGUAGAUGGAUAGGACUCUUGGGAUAAAAUGCAUGAAGAAAUCCUGACAAAUCCCCUCCAACACUUUUUUUCUUUAAAAACUUUUAACACCAUGCCUGUAUUUUGGAUGACAAACAGAUAAUAGUUUUUUUAAAAGCCAGGGUAGACAGUAGUGACAUGCCAAGGUGACACACACCGAGUAGUAUCUACGUGUAUUGAGAUUUUUACCUUUCUGGUUUAAUCAUGUCUUCAAAUUUCUUUUAGAUUAUUAGGGUUUCAGUGCCAAGUUUUUUUGUCAAAGCAUUGGAGAGAAUGUUUUGAAGAUGUUACAUCAAUAAAAUGAUA